AUGAUGGUGUUGUUACUGCUUGACGGAAUGUCAACGAUUGCGUCGUUACAGAAUACUCAUGGUCAGUUAUUUGGGAUAUUCACAACAUUUUUUCAUUUUCGUCGUUUGAUUAAAUAUCAAACAGAGUCACAAGAACGCGCAAGAAUCCUAAAGCGCUAUGAACACCAUUCGAUACCUUCGUCUAUCGAAUCAUUACGGGAAAAAGCCGCCCCAUUACCACCCGAUCGUUUCGAUAGUUUAAGAUCUUUACCGCAACAAAGAUCAAAUAUCGUUUUAUCACCACCACCAUUUUGUCAAUCAAUUCGAGAUGAUGGAACAUUGAUCCCACGUGUAGCAACAAUAAAUAGAAAUCCUACAAUGCUUAUUCAACGAGGUUUAAGACAAGAUGGUAAACCAGAGAAUUUUCGAUAUAAUAUACCGUUAAAUGAAUUAUUUCAUCAGAUACAAACAAACGAAGCAGAUCAACAUCAUCAGCAACAAGAAAACUUUUGA